CUGAGGUUUACAAACAACAUCGAAUUUGACGAAAAAUUUCGAGCUGCCAUCAUGUCUCUAGGAAUCAGCCAAGAUCUACUCAUCUGCCGCGCUUGUGGAACGCAAUUCGAUGUGCCCGCAGACCAGCCACUCAAGUCUUGUCGGAUCUGUGACGACCCUCGCCAAUACGUCCCACCCCAAGGCCAAACCUGGACCUCCCUCGCCUCCCUCCACUCCAGCAAAGAAUACAAAAACCAGUUCCAACCCUUCCCAAACGACCCCCGCCUAAUCUCCAUCUCCACAACCCCCAAAUUCGGCAUCGGACAACGUGCUAUUCUCAUCUGUACACCCUCUGGAAACAUCUUAUGGGAUUUAAUCGCAUACCUCGAUCAAGAAACUGUCGAUUUCAUCAAUUCGAAAGCAGGAUUGAAAGCUAUUGUUAUUUCUCAUCCGCAUUAUUAUACGACGCAUCUGGAUUGGGCGAAGACGUUUAAUUGUCCGGUUUAUGUUUCGAAGGAGGAUGAGGAGUGGGUUUGUCGGAAAGAUGGGGAGGGGAGGAGGAAGUUGAUUGAGAAUGAAGUUGAGGAGAUUGUGGAGGGGGUGAAAGCUAUUAAGGUUGGAGGGCAUUUUCCGGGGAGUUUGGUUUUGCUUUGGGAGGGGAUGUUGUUUAUUGCGGACAGUUUUUUGAUUACGCCGAGUGGGCUUUACCAUGUGGACAGGCCGGCGGGGACAAAUUCGUUCGUGUUCAUGUAUUCGUAUCCGAAUAUGAUACCGCUUCCACCGCCGGAAUUGCAGAAGAUGUGGCAAGUUUUGAAGAAGCACGAUUUUGAGAGCGCUCAUGGAGCUUUUACGGGGCAGGAUGUGUAUGACAAGAAUGUGAAAGCACGGGUGUUGGAGAGUAUGAAGAUACAAGUGAGAGCCAUGGGCUGGAAUGAUGUACCACUUCUGCAGGAGAAGGUAUGA